AUGAACAAGUGUCACAAACAUUUUAAAUCGAAAUAUCUGUACGAACACACCAGAAACGCUUUAUUUCACAACAACCGAUUGGUACUAAAUAUUCAGUUAUAUAGAACUGUUAGCAGAAAAUCGGGUUUAAACGAAUUUUUACCGAAUGCUACCAGAAAAAUAUUCCUGCCAAAUCCGAAUAAAAAACAAUUUGAUAUCAAGAAACCUAUACCGCGUUCAUCGUAUUCGGAAAAGCAUUAUGGACCGCGAAAAAAUGAGCUGAAUAUACAAAUGUUAUCGAAAGCGAUCUACGAGCAAGUCUUUCUAGAAGGAUAUAACAAUACUACCGAUCCAAACAUUCCAGAUCAAUGUAAACGAGAACUUUUAAAACAUGAAAUUACUAUUAACGAAGAGGAUGUUCAAAAGGACGUCGAUUAUAAAUUACCGCCGUUAAAAGGGAAGAACAUCGCUGAACAUUUUCAAAUUAUUGGUGAAGAACAAGUUAAACCUUAUAAGGAUUUAGUUGUAGAACUGUUGGAAUGUGUACCUGCGCCUCCUGAUAGUUGGAUAAUGCAACCCGGUUGGACUAGAUAUGUGCAUGGUUGUGAACCAGAACAAGUUUCCUAUCCUCGAGAAGAAGCUGUUGUUUUGGAUGUUGAAGUCUGUAUGGCAGCUGGAAAAGCACCAACUCUAGCAACAGCGGUCAGCAGCAAAGCUUGGUACGGCUGGGUGAGUUCCUCGGUACUAGAAGGCACAAGCAAACCAGUCACAAGCCACCAGUAUCCCUUAUCGGCUCUAAUACCUCUAGAAAGCGAACAAAAAGAUACCGGCAUAAAGUUAUCCAAACACCAAAAGCUACCCAAAGUCAUAAUCGGCCAUAACGUCUCAUUCGAUAGAUCUAAAAUAAAAGAACAGUACUGGUUGAACAGAACUGGCACCAGAUUCGUAGACACCAUGAGUUUACAUAUAUGCGUCGGAGGAUUAACCAGUUACCAAAGAGCUAUGUUAAAAUCUGAAAAAGUUGUUGAUGAGGAUCAAGAUUGGAGGCAAUGCAGCUCUUUGAACAAUCUGGUCGAUGUCUAUAACUUGUAUUGCGGCAAAAAGAUCACUAAGGAAACUAGAGAUUUUUUUAUUGAAGGCACCAUGAAGGAUAUUAAAGAUAAUUUCCAAACUGUCAUGAAUUAUUGUGCUGGUGAUGUGAAGGCUACGUAUGAAGUUUUGAAGGAGUUGUUUCCUUUGUUCUGUGAAAGGUUUCCGCAUCCAGUAACAUUAGCAGGUAUGCUAGAACUGAGCACCGCCUACUUACCAGUUAACUCCAAUUGGCCAAGAUACAUAGAAGAAUCUGAAGAAGCUUACGACGACCUCGAGAACACCGGUAAAAUCCUUUUAGCCCACAGAGCCGACCAGGCUUGUCAACUCUUACACAACGAAAAGUACAAAGAAGAUCUGUGGAUGUGGGAUCAAGAUUGGACCGUUAAAGACAUCAAAAUGAAAAAAUUUCCCAAUAAGAAGAAGAAACAAGAAGAGGAAACGGUAGAAUCGAAAGAUGAAGACGAUGAAGUUGAUCCUCUUGAAGAGAAAUUUAAAUGUUUGUGGGGAACUAAAGAAUGCUUACCGGCUGUAAAAGUUUUACUACCUGGUUACCCGAAUUGGUAUAGAAAAUUAUGUACCAAGCCUGAUUCAUCACCUAAUUGGGUACCAGGACCGGUACUGAUUAGUACGUCCAUGCAGAUCACUCCUAAAUUAUUAUCCCUGACGUGGGAAGGUUAUCCAUUGCAUUACCUACGAGAAAAAGGUUGGGGUUUCUUAGUUCCAUUCUCAGACGAUUUAGAACUAGAGAGAAAAUUACCAUUGAAGCAGUUACUAGAAAAAUGUCCCCUACUGUUAACCAAACCGGGUGGCGCCCAACACGAAACGAUGUUAACCUUACGAAAGUCUGUAGAAGAAAACCUAUCGAAAAAAGAUUAUUACUCACGUUUAAAAAAAGACAAAACCGAUGGGUUAUACAAAGGUACGGGGAUAUUCUGCGACAUCGAUAUUGAAGACUGUUGCUACUUCUUCAAGUUGCCGCACAAGGAUGGACCCGGUUGUAACGUGGGGAAUCCCUUGGCUAAGGAUUUUUUGAAUAAGUUUUCCGAGAACGUUUUGGCUGGUGAUACGGAAAGUGCAGAGCAAGUGCUGGAAAUCGCGAAAAAAUUGUCGUAUUGGAGGAACAAUAGGAAUAGGAUACUGGAUCAGAUGGUCGUGUGGCUGAGCGAUGAGAAUUUGCCGAAAUAUUUACGAAGUAAAGACUACCUUCUCGGCGCCAUCCUCCCGCAAGUAGUAGUAUGCGGCACUCUAACCCGCCGAGCGGUCGAACCAACAUGGAUGACCGCAUCGAACGCCCAAUCCGAACGAAUCGGUUCCGAAUUGCGCGCCAUGGUCCAAGCCCCGCCCGGCUACAACAUAGUCGGCGCCGACGUAGACUCCCAAGAACUCUGGAUCGCUUCCGUAAUCGGCGACGCGGAUCAAGCCAAAAUGCACGGCGCAACUCCAUUCGGAUGGAUGACUUUAAGCGGGAACAAAUCCGCCGGUACCGACAUGCAUAGCGUUACCGCUAAAGCCGUUGGAAUCAGUAGAGACCACGCUAAAGUUAUUAAUUACGCUAGAAUAUACGGCGCGGGUCAAAAUUUCGCUGAAAGGCUGUUGAAACAGUUCAAUCCUAGCAUUUCAGAACGCGAAGCGAGGAGUAAAGCUCAGAAGAUGUUUACGUUGACUAAAGGGAAGAAAACUUACUGUCUAAAAUCGGAUUUUAUAAUGGAUUUCACCGAUAGACCUUACUCGAAAUGGGAAGCUUUUAACCUAGCCAAAGCCUGCGGGAAAACUUUAGACGAAAUGUUUCACAAAUCGAAAUGGAUCGGCGGUACCGAAUCCGCGAUGUUCAACAAAUUAGAAGAAAUCGCCAACAAUCCGCAACCGGUAACGCCGUUUUUGAACGGUAGAUUAAGCCGAGCUCUAGAACCGAAAUCCGAUGCCGAAGACAAAUACCUACCGACCAGAGUCAACUGGGUGGUCCAAAGUGGCGCGGCGGAUUUUCUGCAUUUAAUGCUGGUCUGCAUGCGAUGGAUAACCGAAGAUAAAAUCCGAUUCUGUCUGAGUUUCCACGACGAAGUACGGUAUUUAGUACCGGAAGAAUAUAAAUACCAAUCGGCGCUUGCAUUACACACGACCAAUCUGUUAACGCGAGCUUUCUGUUCGUAUCGAUUGGGGUUGAGGGAUUUGCCGCAAUCCGUAGCGUUUUUUUCUUCAGUCGAAGUGGAUACGGUGCUGAGGAAGGAAUCGAAGCAGGAUUGCGUGACGCCGUCGAACCCGCACGGGUUGAGUAAAGGUUACGGGAUACCGAAUGGCGAAGCGUUGGAUAUUCACGAGGCUGUGGAAAAGGCGGGUGGAAGGUUUGAUUGUUGGUAUCGAUCAAAAUUCGAUAAGAAAAAGCAAUGUCUCGAGCCACAAGACGAAAGCACGUUCAGCUAG